AUGGCUGCUCCGUCCGAGCCACCACCAGCACUGGUGGACUUUAUGCUGGUGGCUGGCAUAGACCCGGAGAAGGAUUUGGAGACUGACGUCCAGCUCGAUGACCAAGCCAUGUCCUAUAGCCCCACUAGACGUCCGUACUUGGCCCAUGUCUUGGAUCACUUUCCCCACCACCGCCCAUGGCACCCUGAUUUUGACCCAGCCUCAAUUGCCUUGGUCUGUUUUCCGCGUGGUUUGCGCUUCAAGCGAGCCAACGACAGUCGCCGGGCGUCUUUCCACACGUUUGUGCUGACCAAGGAGGAAGGCACACGUAUCUAUGGCGCGGCGUUGCUCGUGUAUGAGAAGGUCACGGACGAAAAGAUCCUACAAGCGAUGGCUGUGCUGACCACCAUGUACAACGCACAGCAACAGCAUGAAGCCAAGAACAAAAACCGCCUAGCCAGCCCUAGCGAGUCAACGGACUUUGCCACGGAUGAGCUUUAUGCUCCCAAGGCCAUCUGUAUUUUGUCUCGCCUGCCUGCCGUGGCGUCUCUGGAAGCAUACUUGCGCCAGCUUUAUGUUUUAUCACAGCAAGACGAUAAGCCGCCGCUUUUGGUCGAGCGCUGUGUGGCCAACUUGUUGCACAAAGUUCCCUUUGUGCCACCAGGCUGCACCAUCUCCUUUGGCGUGGCCUCAGACAUUGUGUGCCACCGGCCGGGCACUAAAGGAUUUCCGAUGUUUGAGUACUCCAUGCAGCGCCUGUUUCUUCUCUUCAGCCCCGACGUGGUUAUUAAGAUGUUAACGUGUGUUCUUUUGGAGAAGCAACUCAUCAUCCGGUCGACUGAUUACGAGCUCCUUGUGCUUGUGGCCGAAUGCAUCACCGUGCUCAUGUACCCCUUCAAGUGGAUCCACGUCUAUGUUCCCAUCCUGCCCUCAACGGCGCUGCAUUUUAUUGAGGCACCUGUGCCCUACAUUAUGGGGCUUCACGCAGACGUUCAGAUCGAUGCUGCCGUAGAGGCUCCUUGCGUUGUAGAUGUGGUGCGUGGCCGGUUCACCAUGCCUGAAGACGUGCCGGCCUUUCCCCAUGCCAAUAAGCUGGUAACAGCUUUGAACGAACUCAUCAAGGCCAACAGCAGCGGCAGCUUCUCCGCUUCGAUCGCAAAAGGAGGCGUGAAAGGUCUGCGUGCGUUGGUAUCCGGUGCCACGCUGCCUCAACAACCGAACAACCCUGGUACAUGGGCCGAUCGUCAAUUUACGCUGGCUGUACGAGCUCUUCUCCUAUCAACCUGGAUGGAUAUUUUACAAGGCUACGACACCUACAUGGUCACGCCUGAGAGUGCGGAAGAUUGGGCUCAAGGGCGUAUGGGUGACAACAUCUUUGACAAGCUUGCUUUUCUCAGCGACCAACCAAAGUCUAGUGUACCAUUUCUUUCCGAAUUUGUCGAGACGACUCUUUUCUCAAAUUUUGUGAUGGAGGAGAUGGACAUUCUCGUGUCUGGUAGCGUGAAAGACUCGCCCUUCCACGCAAUGUUGCAACCGCCAGAUACCAUCUCGUCAGAGACGGAGGCGACCGGUUUCUUGGGCAGUAUUAACAAGCACUUGCCGGAGCUUUUAGCUGAUCGCUAUCACAAACCCAUGAUGCAAAUUGUGAAGGAGUCUUUGCCUCCUACCCUAAAGGAUCACGACAUUAUGGUGGACUAUACUGUCCCUCUGCCCGUGGAUGCCCAUAACGAGUCCACGGGGCUUGGGCAAUGUCGUCGCCCUUCUCUCUCAAAUGGCGCCAAACUUGAACCCCCCAUCCGAAUAGCCAGCAUCUCCGAAACGGAGGUUUUCACUCCCGAGCCGAGCAGCGAAAGGACGCAGGAGCUAGAGAAGGCGACAGAUACCCUUACACCAAGUCACGACGCCCACCUACGACGGGCAGCGUCUGUCAGCUCUUCAACAUCGCGCAGCAGUCGACGUCUGCCCCGCACUCCAUUGGGCUCGGGCGCUAACACGACAACACACACUGCCAGCUAUGUGGGCCCUCCCAAGUCGCCGCCAGCUCAAGCCCCGUCCCGGUUGGCAUCAGAGUCGGGCUCGCAGACCGACUUUUCAAGGGAUCUGCGCACCUUGAAUCACAGCGCAAGCAUGGACGACAAAGUAGAAAUCCAGAGUGCACCCACGCCACCCGAAGGCACCAUCCCAACUCAUACGCGGCGUGGAUCAGCCCCAGCUGUCUUGUCACAUUACGAAUACGACCAGGAUGCCGUCGUCUGUGGGCGUCUGCCUUUUACGCUGCACAACACACCUGAGAUCAUGGUCGAAGAUGCGCACCAAGCCUUUCCUUCCAACUUGGUGCAUCGCAAUCAAAAAAAGCGCCGCACUUUGCGGCGAGAACGAGCUAGUGCGCCUCAGAAGAAGUCACCGGAUACAUCGCAAGAUUUUGAUUCGGUGUUGGAUGCCAAGCACUCGGCCACUGCAGAGGGCAAGGCCCUACCCAAACCUAAGACAGGGCGUGCCCUCGGGGGCUCAGGUCGUCGCCGACCGCCGGCACCGCCGUUACGGGAUUUGCGGGCCAAAUCCAGCCGACUGGAUGCUGUCACACUCAGCAACGCCAUCAUGACCAACAACGAGACAAGCCAGGCCAAAUUUGCUGCUGCUCUCAUGGAGGAAUGUGCUCAAAAGGUGAAAAAGAUUGUUCUUGCCACGAUGGGGUCUGUCGUUGCCUCCUCUCUGGGUCAUCAAGACAGUACUGUUGGAUUUGAAAACACCUUGAUUGCUGGCUUGUGUGAGCUGCUGGAGCGUAUGUGGAAGCAUGGCCUGAAAAGCAAGGGCACCAUCUGGACAAUUGUGCGGCAAUGCCCUCGCGCAACCCUGCCGGGCGAGCUUACAUUCGACAACCUGUGUUUGCAUCUUCUCUGGAAGGUCGCGCAAGCUUUGGAUGAGGUGGCGGCAUUCAAGUUUCUUCAUUCUGACAUCGGACGAGGUCGUGCAUGGAUACGUUUGUGCCUCGAACGGAAGUGCCUCAGCGAGCACAUGGAAGUUAUCUUGAGCCAUCAAGGUGUCAUUGCGGCCAAUUACAAACCGUACGCCUUCCUUUGCCAUCCGGAGUACGUGGAGCAGCUGUUGUCGCAUCUUCUGUCACUAAGCACCGUGGAUGUGGCCGCCUUUACCGUCAAUUAUAUACCUGCGGUCAUCAUUUACAAAGUCCGCAUCGUGACGGAGAAGGGAUUUCGAGCCGGGACAUCUGCCAACGUGUGCAUUAACAUCAAGGGAGAUCACGAAGAGACGGGACUCUUGGAGCGAGGCAAAGCACAGUCUUUUGCUGGGGGUGCUUCCCAUGUCUUCGAAAUUUCGCACAAAAAUCUUGGACCCUUACAGUUGAUAAGUCAGUGCGAGGCCAUGCUUCCGGCUGCCAUAUUGGCAAACCCGCCUCGUCCAUGGGAUGAGCUUUUGCUCAUCCGCGAUGCCAUUGAUAGGGUUGAAGUGACGAACCUUUUGACCAAGCGCAUGAGCACCUUUUCUUGCCAAACACGCCUUCAAUUCGAGCAGGCCAACAAGGGUCGCUUUCACACGAAACGCUUCUUCGUGGACAACCCCAAUGCCAUGGGUGAAGACCGACAAGCGAUCAACACAAACGCGUCGCAUCUCACCGCAGAGCAGCUGGCGAAGAUUGACAACCUUUGUGAAGAGUUUGCAAACUCCAUCAAUGCGAUCGUCAAGCACUUGUGGGAGCCGUCAGGGGAGGCUGGCAAAUCACGCUCGCAACGACGGCCCUCGAUGGCCACGCCAGAGCAAAUGUUGGAGCGCGCAAGCCUGGUGCUAGGGGCUUCGCGGCUAUUGCUUGGUCAGACUGUUCUGCCCGAAUCCUUGGCAAGUCGGCUGCAAGCAAACAGACCGGACGUGGCGUUGGGGCUGGCCACUGCUCUCCAAAAGCUAUUUCAGCAUGGCUUCAAAAGCCGGACUUUGAUUGGCCACGAGCGACACAUCUGGGAAUUCUGGCUUCGGUGCCAACACGAGGUGGGACGCGGGAUGCUGGAGACUGACCCGGAGACGCAGUUAUGUGCUGCCGUGACGUUUGCCAAUGGGCAGGAUUGGCCCCCUCAAGCCAAGUUUGAAUGGUGA